CGAUUCUACGCCGAUCCGCCCGAUCCCACCCUUGGCCACGAGUUAACGUUGUUGCUGGGGCACCAUUUGCCUCCAAUCUGGUUACCUGGAGACUUGGCGCGUGCGUUCCUCACUCAGUGUGAGAGCAACUUGGCAGAAUGCCCUCUCGCACUUGGGGACGCUUCCGGGGCGUAGUAGCUGACCGACCAUGGCGACGACUCCCGCUGCUGCUUUCGAGGCCCUUAUGCAUGGAGUGACCAGCUGGCAUUUCCCCCAAAGUGCUGUCCCGUGUGAACUGCUUCUUACUGGAGAGGCCACCUUCCCAGUGGUGGUGAAUGGCAAGGGCCAGGUCCUCAUUGCGGCGUCCUCCUAUGGCCGAGGCCGCCUGGUGGUGGUGGCCCACGAGGGCUACCUGCUGGAGGCCAGCUUGGCACCGUUUCUUCUCAACGCAGUGGGCUGGCUCCGUCCCUCUCCCGGGGCUCCCGUGGGCGUGCACAGCUCCCUGGACCCGCUAGUCAGCAUCCUGCAGGGCUCUGGGGUUGCUGCACGGCUUCAGCCAGAGCCAGGGGACCCCUCGGGGGUCUACUGCAUCAAUGCCUACAACGAAACCCUGACUGCACAGCUGACCCAGUUCGUGAAAUGUGGGGGAGGCUUGCUCAUCGGGGGCCAGGCCUGGUACUGGGCCAGUCAGCACGGUGGUGACAAGGUGCUGUCCUGGUUCCCCGGGAACCGGGUGACCAGUGUGGCCGGAGUGUACUUCACCGACACCUAUGCGGACAGCAGCCCUUGCAAAGUCUCUAAGAAGGUGCCCACAAUCCCACUCCUGGUCAGGUGUGGGGAGGACAUCAGGCAGGACCAGCACCAGCUCCUGGAAGGGAUCUCAGAGCUGGACAUCGUGACAGGAGGAAUCCCCUCGCAGCUGCUGGUGCACGGGGCGCUGGCCUUCCCCCUGGGGUUGGAUGCCUCACUCGGCUGCUUCCUGGCCGCCGCCCGCUAUGGCCGGGGCCGGGUGGUCCUGGCUGCCCACGAGGGCAUGCUCUGUGCUCCCAAGAUGGGGCCCUUUUUGCUCAAUGCUGUGCGCUGGCUGGCCAGAGGCCAGACGGGCAAGGUCGGCGUGGACGUGAGUUUAAAAGGCCUGUGUGCCCUGCUGUCGGGGCACGGCCUGAAAUACAGCCUGGAGCCCCAGCUGGCCGACGGCUUGGCCGUCUACUGCUGCAAGGCUUACAGUGACACGCAGGCGAAGCAGCUGCAGGAGUUUGUGGCCGAGGGCGGAGGCUUGCUGAUUGGGGGCCAGUCCUGGUGGUGGGCUUCCCAGAACCCGGGCCGCUCUGCGCUGGCUGGCUUCCCUGGUAACGUCAUCCUCAACAGCUUUGGCCUCAGCAUCCUACCUCAUACCCUCCAACCCGGCUGUUUCCCUGUGCCCACCCCCCAGACGCGGAGCUACCACUUCCGCAAGGCGCUGUCGGAAUUCCAGGCCGUCCUGAGCCAGAGGAGUGGGAACUUGGAAAAGAACUGGCUGGCAAAACUGGGAGCCGAUGGGGCCGCCUUCCUGCGGAUCCCUGCAGGGGACGUCCCUGCGUACAUGUCCAUGCACCGACUCAUACGGAAGAUGCUGCAGUCGUCCGGCCUCCCCGCUGUCAGCCGGGAAAACCCCGUGGCCAGUGAUUCCCAUGAGGCCGCGGUGCUCUGCCUGGCCACCGAGCUGGCCCGCUCUGGGACUGACUGCUCCAAGCUGGCGCAGGGGCUGGGAACCGGGACCUGCCCCUCCAGCCUGGACCCCUCAGGACACCCCAUCACAGUGCACAUCAAUGGAAACAACCCAGGCAGCGGCGAGUCCUGGGUGAGCACUGGGCUCUACGUCCUAAGUGGACACAACGCAGAAGUCUCGCUGCCUGACGCUGUGGCCUGUUCCGGCCUGAAGGUGCAGAUUGGCUGCCACACCGAUGACUUGACCAUGGCCAGCAAGCUGUCUCGAGCCCCUGUGGUGACUCACCAGUGCUGUAUGGACAAGGCCACACAGUCGCUGUCUUGCCUCUGGGGUGGCCUUCUCUAUGUCAUCAUGCCCAAAGGCAGUGACCUGGGACCCCUGUCUGUCACCGUUAAGGGGGCUGUGCCUGCCCCAUACUACAAGCUGGGUGAGACAUCCCUGGAGGAGUGGAGGCGCUGUGUCCAGAAGAGCCCAGCCCCCUGGGGGGAGCUGGCGACAGACAACAUCGUCCUGACGGUGCCGACCGCCAGCCUGCGGGCCCUGGAGGACCCCGCGCCCGUGCUCCGCCUCUGGGACGAGAUGAUGCAGGCCAUAGCCAGGCUGGCGGCGCAGCCCUUCCCGUUCCGCCGCCCCGAGAGGAUUGUUGCAGACGUGCAGAUCUCAGCUGGCUGGAUGCACUCAGGGUACCCCAUCAUGUGCCACCUGGAGUCGGUGCAGGAGCUCAUCAGCGAGACCCACAUGAGGGGCAGUGGCCUGUGGGGCCCCAUCCACGAGCUGGGCCACAACCAGCAGCGGCAUGGGUGGGAGUUCCCGCCGCACACCACCGAGGCCACCUGCAACCUCUGGUCGGUCUACGUGCACGAGACGGUCCUGGGCAUCCCCAGAGCUCGGGCCCACCCUGCUCUGAGCCCUGCACAGCGAGAGGAGAGGGUCAGAGAGCACCUGGCGAAGGGAGCCCCGCUGAGUAACUGGGACGUAUGGACGGCUCUGGAAACGUAUCUGCAGCUCCAGGAGGCCUUCGGGUGGGAGCCAUUCACCCAGCUCUUUGCCGAGUACCAGGCCCUCUCCGGCAUCCCCCAAGACAACGCUGGCAAGAUGAAUCUGUGGGUGAGGAAGUUCUCCGAAAAAGUGCAGAAGAAUCUGGCUCCCUUCUUCGAGGCCUGGGGCUGGCCGGUGCAGAAGGAAGUGGCUGCCGGCCUGGCCUGUCUGCCUGGGUGGGAGGCAGACCCCAUGCGGGGCCAUGUCCGUCCACGCUGAGCAGAGGUGGCAGCUCCACGCCCGGGCUAGCCUGGGUACCCGAGCCUGAACCCCUCUUCCUCGCAGUCUUCAGGAAGGGCAGUGAAGGCGACAGACGCGACGAGUCAGACUUUAUCAGGAAAACACCCCGGCGCUUCUUGGCGGUUUCUCUGCGUGUCCAGGAGCCUGGUUUCGGGCCCUGGUCCUCCUCCAGAGGGGGGACUCUCCUCGCUGGUGGGGUAGAGCGGCUCCUCGGAGAGAGGGCUCACCUGGGGAGCGUCUUAGAACUUCUGAGUCCCGUCGGCACUUCUCUCAGUUCUAGGAUAAUUGCCCUUUACUUCACCAGUGCCCUUUGCCAGGCGCCCGCCACACGAGAGGCGCCCAGGAAAUCUUUGUGAGUUGAACGAACAGCAGUGACACCUCCUACGCAAUGAGCAGGGGCUGUGGCCCAGGCAUUGGGAGAGGGGCCUUCUGUGAGUUAUGAAACCUUUGCUGGAGCGCUCUGACCCAGACCCUGUCCUUCCCGUCUUCCCAUGGGUAAGCAAACGGACCCUGAGGGGUGUUAAAUAACUUCUGAAGUCACAAACCUAAUGAGGGGAAGAGAUGGGCUUGGCUGAAGCCCGCAGCUCAUCCUCCACGAAUGACUUACCAUUUAAACAAAAAUUCACCUAGA